AUGUCGUCGUCAUCCAUCAGCGAUGCGGAGACUAGUAGCACUACGAAUACGAAUAAGAACAAGAAUACGAAAAGAGUCGUCGUCAUCACCGGAGGGAACACCGGCUUAGGAUGCAUCAGCGCUCAAGAAAUUGCGCGUUUGUCGAUGAAUGCGGACGACGAAAACGGAGGAAAAGAAAAAGAGUUCUCGUAUUCCGUCGUCAUCGCCUGUCGGUCCAUCGAAAGAGGACAGAAGGCGAUGCGAGACAUCGGAUUGUUUUUAGAUGAAGGAAAAGAAGGCGAAACAAACCCCGUGGUAGACGUGAUGGAAUGCGAUUUAUCCUCGUUCAAAUCGACGCGCGCAUUCGCGGAGAAGUUUAAAUCGAAAUACGAUCGAUUAGACGUGUUGAUGAACAACGCCGGGGUGAUGGCGCUUCCGGAAAAAACGCUCACGGAGGACGCGAAUGAGUUGCAAAUGCAGACAAACCAUUUUAGUCACUUCGCGUUGACGAGAGAGCUGUUACCGCUGAUGCUGGAAACGGAGAAGCGAUAUCCGGAGAGGAAGCCGAGAGUGGUGAACGUGGCGUCUAUCGCGCACGAGUGGGGGUUCGUCGAUUUUUUCAACUUGAACUCGGAAGGCGUGUUCGGGUAUCCCGGUUGGGGGUGGAUCACGUACGGGAGGACGAAGAUGGCGAACGUUUUGUUCACGUACGAGUUACAAAGAAAACUGCGAAAAAUAGGCUCGAAGAUUCAAGCGUAUUGCGUUCACCCUGGAGUGGUAGAUACUGAGCUCCAACGAAAUUUACCCAUCGAUUGGUAUGUCAACUUACGCGAAGCGGGUCGAUUAAUCAACCCGCCGGAAGGCGCGCGAGGACAAAUCUUCGUCGCCACGAGCGAAGCGUUGGAAAACGACGAGGGCGGGAAAUAUUCCUCGGAACUUUCCAACGAAGGGAAACCGGGAGAACACGCCUUUCGUUCGUCCAACGCGUUCAGCUUGGACCAGGAAAACUGGGCUAAGUUGUGGAAGGAAAGCGAACGGAUUAUUGGUGCAACUUACGACGACGUUUUCCAUCCUGGCGAUAUAUAG